AUGGAGGAGGAGACUGCGAGGAAGAGGAAGAUGCCGCGGACCCCCCAAGAAGGUGAGGAGGAAGUCAGUGCCCCUUUGGGUCGGUCUUUUGUCUUUUGUGGCCGUCCUGCCAGGGCCGAAGUUGGGGGGAUGUCCUUGGGCUUCCCUGUGGACCGGAGGCAAAUCCCCUGCGUGUCCUUGUUGCUUCCUGCCCCAGGCCCCGAGGUGAGGCCGGAGAGCGCGGAGGACAAAUCCCGGCGGCAGAGCCUGGUGGGAGAGGCCGUUUUGAAGGGCUCCCCGGCGCAGGAAGGCAGCUGGGAGGAAAAGGGUCGGAGAUGCCCCCGCAGGAGGGGCUCCAAAGCCAGCCCAGGGGGCUGUGAGGAGGAAAGAGCCAGCGUGUGCCGGGAAGGCGGCCGGAGCUUGAGGCGGAGCUGCGAGCUGGUGGUCCCUGAGCAGCCUCCCAGCAGGGAAAAGCCCUUCAGGUGUUUGGAAUGUGGGAAGAGCUUCAGCAAGAGAACCAACCUCCAGAGGCACCAGCACAUCCACAGUGGGGAACGACCCUACACGUGUGGGGAGUGUGGAAAGAGCUUCAAUCAGAGCUCCAACCUGCUCCAACACCAGAUGAUCCACAGUGGGGAAAGGCCCUACACGUGUGAGGAAUGUGGGAAGAGCUUCAGUGACCGCUCCACCCUGCGCACCCACCGUCGCAUCCACAGUGGGGAACAGCCCUACACGUGUGGGGAGUGUGGGAAGAGCUUCAGGAAGAGCUCCACCCUCCACAAUCAUCGACGUAUCCACAGUGGGGAACGGCCCUACACGUGUGGGGAGUGUGGGAAGAGCUUCAGUGACAGCUCCACCCUCCACAACCACCGUCUCAUCCACAGUGGGGAAAGGCCCUACAUGUGUGCGGAGUGUGGGAAGAGCUUCAGGCAGAUCUCCCACCUGCUCCGACACCAGAUGAUCCACAGUGGGGAAAGGCCCUACAGGUGUGAGGAAUGUGGGAAGAGCUUCACUCAGAUCUCCGACCUGCUCCGACACCAGAUGAUCCACAGGGGGGAAAGGCCCUACAGGUGUGAGGAAUGUGGGAAGAGCUUCACUCAGAUCUCCGACCUGCUCCGACACCAGAUGAUCCACAGUGGGGAAGGCCCUACACGUGUGUGGAGUGUGGGAAGAGCUUCAGGGACAGCUCCAGCCUUUGCAAACACCGUUGCAUGCACACCAGGGAAUGACCCUACAAAUGCUUGGAAUGUGGGAAGAGCUUCAGCACAAGCACCAAGCUGCUCAGCCACCAGCACAUCCACACUGGGGAACAGCCCUACAAGUGUAGGGAAUGUGGGACAGCUCCACCCUCUACACCCACCGUCGCAUCCACAUCAGGGAGAGGCCCUACAACUGUCGAGAUUGUGGGAAGAGCUUCACGCAGAGCUCUUCCUUGACUUCCCACCAACGGACCCACCAGGGGAGUUCAAGGCUUAG